AAAAAAGGUGGUGAUAAAGAAUGAUAAAUUGAAAAUAUGAACUGAUAAAUAAUCAGGUGAAAAAAUGCAUCUAAUUUAAAACAUGUUCGGUCAAUAGGAGUGUACACAGUAUUCACUACUUGGUUGGAACUUGAUCAAUAGAAGUUGGUGGGCCCCGCGGGAACUUUUGACAGUUUAGUCACUAUGCAUAGUGGAGGUUCCUUUUUUUCUCAGUUUUCUGCUGAUGGACUCGGCAAAGUAAUCCUUUUUCUCUGGGAGCGGAAAAUGUAUGCGGCGGUCAUCGCCACCCUCGGGACGGUUGCAGCUGUAGCCAGGCUUGCAGAGCAGUUCGGAUACCUUUACAAGGGAACACAAGCUGAUCCAGAAACGACGAAGGUUGAUCCAGUUGCAGAUAAAUUGUCAGCCCAUAUUCGCUUCUUGUUGAGUGGAAUUCCGAGGUUUAAUGGGAAUGGAUACGAGAAAUGGAGGACUUUGAUGAAAUUUAUGCUCAAGACCCUACACCUUUGGGACUUGGUGGAAAGAGGCUAUACCGGGGAGGAGCUUAUGGUUGACGCUUUGCAAGAUGUUCAGCAAAAGGAUGCCUUGGCCUUGCUUCUUAUCCACAAAAAGAUACACGAAUCUGUUUCGCCUUGCAUUGAUAAUGUCAAAACAUCUAAAGAAGCUUGGGAUGCACUGCAGAAGAAGUAUGAAGGAAAUGCAGCUGUUACCAAAUCAAACCAAGCUAAUGUGAAGGCUGUGGAGACAAAAAGAACUAGCGAAGACUUCACAGAUUUCAACAAUAAACUUUUCUCCAAUGGUCAGUGCAGUUCAGAUUCCUCUGGUGGAUGCAGAGUUGAUAGUAAGACUAGUACUUCACAUAGCAAUUUGCGCCCAUCUGAAGAUGGAACUGGGAAAGAGCUUGAAGACCUUGACAAAGAUAAAUGUGGCUCUAUAAAAAAUUUUGGAGAAAAUUCCCCUCAUAGUCAUCCUGGCGGCAUAAAUGGUGGACGACCUGACAACUACCAGGAAGGUCGAGGUGGCGGAGAAGGUGAAUUUCAUGGAGACGGAAUUAGUGGGAGUGGUGGUCGUGGAGGUGUGGAUAGCGAACGCUUUAAGAACAACCAGAGAGGUCAUGGAGGAGAGGGCAGUGAACACUUUAAUAACUACCAGGGAGGUCGUGAAGGGGAGAUUCCCGGAGGUGUGGACAGUGGAACCAAUAAAAACAACCAGGGCUUUCAUGGAGAUCGAGGUCGUGGGGGUGGUGUCCGUGGAGGUGGAUUCCUCAGAGGUGGUGUCCGUGAAGGUGGAUAUCAUAGAGGUGGUGUCCAUGGAGGUGGUGGUCGUGGAGGUGCGGAUGGUGAAACCCUGAAAAACAACAACAGGGGUCAUGGAUGUGGUGGUCGUGGAGGUGGUGGUCGGGGAGGUCGUGGUCGGGGAGGUCGUGGUCGGGGAGGUCGUGGUCGUGGAGGUCUUGGAGGUGGUUAUUGGGGAGGUAGUGGUCGUGAAGCUGCAGGUCAUGGACCUAAAGAGUGUAAACCUUUUAACAACCAUGGAGGUUCUGGUGGCAUAAAACAUGAAUGUUUUAACAAUAAGGGAAGUAAUGAAGGCAUAGAUGCUGAAUGCUUUAGCGCCAAGAAUGACUAUGGAGGUGUGGAUGGCAGACUCGUUAAUGAAAACCACGGAGGUCAUGCAAUCUUAGAAGAUGGAUGCUUUAAUAAUCAACAUUCUCAGUUUGGUGAUUGUAAUAGGAAUACUUCAAAAUCUGAAUCACUUUAUUCUUCCAAAAAUGAAACUGAACCAACAGAAGCUCUUGGUGCACUAGGAAGGGGACACCAAACUAAUACUAAGGAUUUAAACGACAUGGAAAAUGUUGAUAUGAAUCAGUCCCAUGUAGACCUCACUGAGAAAAAAAGUGGUCAUAUUAGCAUUUGCAUACAGAAUUUGGACAAGGGCAUUAGCAACGAUGCACUCCAUGAUGUUUUUUCUGCAUUUGGCAAAAUCCUUUCUUGCAAGGUGGUAACAGAUGGAUCUGGUGUGUCAAUGGGGCACGGAUAUAUUGAAUAUGGCAAUGUCGAAGCUGCACAGAAAGCUGUUGAGAUGAUGAAUGGUGCAAGAUUGGAGCACAAGAACGUGCAAGUAAAAUCUUGCCCCACAAAGCAAGAAAAGAAAAAACAUAGCCCCACUAAUGUCUUUGUGGGAAACUUAUCUGAAUCCACAUCUGAAGGUGAUCUUAGGAAUGCUUUUCAUUGGUUUGGGGGAACGAUCUCUAGCGUUAUAAUAGUGAGAGACAGAGAUGGGAUAUCAAAGGGUUACGGAUUUGUCCACUUUAGGGAUGCAGAUGAUGCGGCUUGGGCAGUGGAAGUGCUCAAUGGCCACAAGUUUGAUGACAAAGUGUGGCAGGUGAGAAAAGCAUAUGAAAACAAAUUUGUUGGGAAAGCUAACAAGAAGAAAUCUGAGGGUGAGUCGGCUCAGUCUUCCUCUGCAAAUAACAGUGGUAUUAAAUCAAACAAAAAACUGCAUAAAUUUGGUCGUUCUACCAAAGCUAAUUCAUCCACUUCAAAAGAAGAAGCUGGUAAUGCAGUUCGAAGUGAACUAAGAGCUAUUGGUAUAAGGGUUAUCAUCUACAUUGACAAUAAAGGGGUUGGGCACUUCACCUUUGAAGGGCCAUGAUUUCGUAGCAGGAACAAGGAAUCAUCCUCAUUUAGAUAUAUCCACAAGGAUAACAUCUGAAGUGGCAUCUUCUCAUACUAUUUAAGAAUGUAUGCUGUGAUGAUGGGUGUCCCUGAGCACACCUACUAUUUGGGAUCUAUUCUUUUACUUGGAUUGUUAAACAAGUAUUUACCUCAAAUGACCCAUAAAUUGUGCAGCUUUUAUGGGUUUCGUCUUUGACUUUUAUUUUACUUAAUUACUAGUUUUGUACCCGGGCGUUGCCCCGGGUAAAACUUCCAUAUGAAAUCUUAAUUUAUAAAUUAUAUAAUGUUUCUAUAUGAGUUUUGUAA